AUGUCUUCUACCGUUGCGAAUAGGGUCAUGGACCACGGAGAACAGCAGAAAGUCCACCCUUUCUUCGGGAGCUUCCUCAAAAAAAGCACAACGCCAGAUCAAGCGUCUUUACCUCCAGCCCACGAGACCACCACCGAUCAACUGGCAGCUUCCAGGCAGGUUCCUUACCUGAACUCUCAGCAAAUACAAAAUGGGCCAAAUACACAGGAUAAUACUCUCGAAGAGGAUCCAAAUAUAGAAAGGAGGAAACGGGUGAAAACAUCUACACCAGAAGCGGCACCCGGUAGUGUUGAGGCUGAACCAACUCGCACUGAAACAUCGACUCAUCCCGCUAACGAGGGCUCUUCAAAGUUAAACCCUCCGAAAAAGUUGUUAAAACUCAAUAUAAAUGGGAAAUUGUUGAGCUCUCCCCCCGCUCAAAAGCUCGAGAAUGUUGCCAGCAAGGGUGUUCGAGAUCGACGAAGAUCGAAUCGUAAAGGGAAAGAUACUAAGAGAGUUGUCAUCAAGUAUGAUAAUAAAUUGAUUGUUGGACAGAAAAUUGACGACAUCAUCAACGGGAAAGAACGAUAUGCUGCUCCACAGAAAUCUGUUGAACAAGUCUCUACCACAACCCGGAAGGAUACGAAGCCUCUAAAAGCCACCCAUCCCUUUUUCUUAUCGAAAAAGCCAGAAUUCAAAGCCUCUUCGGAAACCUUGCAAUUAGCAAACGAUUCACUGACCCAGCAGGACUCUACAAAACAUGAUUCCAACAUUCAGUUUUCUGCGAAACGCACGUUCUCUCGAUCACUUUUCAGCAAACAUCCCGAGUUAGCUCCGCCUAUAUGGCCUCCUAGAGACCUUGUUCACGUGCGAGGGGCAGUAAAUCAACUCUGCGACCAGUUUGAGGACAUAAGCCUUCACCAGAAAAAAAGCAAGCAACGCGCGGUGCACAUAGAUGAUACCGAAAACAUUCUACUUUACGAGUCUAAAAAGGCUCGAAACGAGAUGCAAUUCCAAAUGUCAGAAUCUAAGGAACCCUUUCUUCGUGUCCCGCUCAGAACUACCAUCAGUGGACAGACGCUGCGGAAAAGCAUGAAGAGCAAAGUUUUACAUGGUAUUGAAUCAGGAUCGAAGUACGGAUCUGGUUACCAAGGCGAAGAAGGGCGAGCUCAUCCAUGCAUCGCCAAACUUUACGCUUCUAUUGCAACAUCGACGACAUCCUUCGAUAAUGGGGUUUGCGAUACUGUUCAAUGGACACAAAAGUAUAUGCCCAAAUGUGCUGAAGACGUCCUUCAGCCUGGCCCUGAGGCUCGGAUGCUACGCGACUGGCUCAAGGAACUUAUGGUGUCGUCUGUGGGGACUGGGAAGAUUCCCACACAUAAGAGCAAGAAGAAAUUAGGAGGCCAUAAGUCCAAAAGACGCAAGAUGGCAGACAAGCUUGAUGGUUUCAUUGUAUCUAGUGAGGAUGAAGCGUCCGAAAUGGACGAGCUUCAAGACUCAGAGGAAGAUGAGUUGGCUGGUGGCGUGACUGUUUCGUCAAAGCGUACUGUUAUCCGAGUCGGUGAUUCUAUAGGCAAGUUCAAAAAGGGAGAGAAGGGACGCCUGACCAAUGCCGUCUUAAUGAGCGGUCCGAAUGGGUGUGGUAAGUCAGCGUCGAUCUAUGCUGUAGCCAAGGAAUUGGAUUUCGAGGUGUUCGAAAUUAACAGCGGCACUCGGCGUAGUGCCAAGGAUAUCCUGGAGCGCGUGGGUGAUAUGACGCAGAAUCAUCUUGUUCAGUUAGAUGGAAAGGAGGAUGAAUCGGACGCGAACAUUCACCCUACCGGCCCCGGGUUGCCCGAUGCAAAACAAAAUACAGUUAACAUGUUCUUCAAAGCAGCUGCGCAGAAUAAAGCAAAGGACAAUCGAAGCAAAUCGAAAGGGAAUAUCAACGAAGGGUUUACUCCAGAAGCCCCAAAUACGCCCUCUCGGUCACAGAAACAGUCAUUGAUACUAUUAGAAGAAGUUGAUGUUUUGUUUGAAGAAGACAAACAAUUCUGGACUGGGAUUCUAGCACUCAUUGAACAGUCUAAGCGUCCGGUGAUUAUGACAUGCACUAAUGAAAGUCUUGUUCCACUUCAAGACCUCUCUUUACAUGCCAUUCUUCGAUAUCGCGCGCCGCCUCCAAGCCUUGCCAUCGACUAUCUACUACUUGUUGCUGCAAAUGAGGGUCAUAUGCUGAGUCGCGAAGCUGUGAGCACUCUCUACUCAGCUUCUCAACAAGACCUUCGCAAAUCUAUUAUGCAACUAGAUUUUUGGUGUCAAAUGGCUGUUGGGAGCCAAAAGUCUGGGAUUGACUGGAUCCUUGACCGCUGGCCAGCAGGGUCUGAUGUUGAUGCUCAUGGCAACAAACUCAAAGUCAUAAGUCUACAUACGUAUCAAUGCUGCAUGGGUUGGUUCAAUCGUGACAUGAGCCUAGUUGACAAGAGCCUGAUUAAAGACUCUGAGCUGUUGCUUGAAGGCUUGAAUUGGUGGCAGCUUGAUUUUGACACUGAUAACGAAGAUGGAUGGUGGUCUCACUACCUUUCUCGACCUGCUGAGGAUCAUCGGCGCAUUGACUCAUUACAGGACGUCAUGACGAUGGCUGAAAACCAUAGUGCCUUUGAUGUACUGUCCCGCCAUUGGUCAUUAGACCCGAAUAAGGAUGACCUCGAUACCACUAUUUUCAACAUUUCUGGGAAAGAAAAGACCAACUAUCAGGAAGACUAUCCAUUAUUGGUUGCGAACCGCAAACCUGACUAUACCGGUCUUUCUUCUGAUAUUGGAUCAACAGCAUAUGCGUUGAUGCGACGCAUAGCAGUGGGCACAAACAUGCUGCAAGAUGACUCUUUAACAAAUGGUCGUGUUUUGGCUAAACAAUCCGAAACUAAAUCGAUGCCCUUCUCGUGCAUGGCAUAUUGUAAUGCAUUUGAACCUAUCAUGCGAGGCCCAGAUUUAGUCCCACAAGGCGCUGGUCGUGUAGCCCCGUCGUUCGGAAACGGAGUGUCUGUGAUAGCUGCAGACAUAGCCCCGUACAUUCGGUCUAUAAUGGCAUAUGAUCUACACCUUGAGCGCUAUCGAGACGAAUUGAAUGGGCUCUCAUCACAAGGGCCAACAAAAAGAAAAGCAAGAACCACGAGAGCUAGCCGAGCGGCGCUCGAGGGAGGAAGUAAAUCGCACACUCGUAGGGAGAGAUGGUUUCCAACCGAUGCAAACGCUAAGCGGAUCCUGGCGACUGGCUCCAAGGUUUGGGAAGAUGCCCUUGCCCAGACGGGGCAUGUUGUCGUCUUUCCAGCUCUGUCCAGUACAGACAACACUCAUACGGAUUCGGAAGGCUCUCAGAGCAUGGACGUUGAGUGA